CCAACACACAUCAUGGCUCCGAGUCAUCGGGUACAGUUUUAGUGGUAUUCUGCGAGUUCGGCCCUGAAGUGAAACGAAACCGGGCGUCCCAGCCCCGAGCCUUUUUCCUAUCGCUCCGUCCACACAGCUUCAUCUGAGUGUCCCCAUCAUGACCGAAGGGGCCGCUCCCGCCACGGCCGGCACCCCCCUGGACAUCGACAUCGACCCGGACUUCGAACCACAGAGCCGGCCCCGCUCCUGCACUUGGCCCCUGCCCCGUCCAGAUUUGCCCGCCUCCUCUUCCCCAGGCAAGAGCGAGCCGUCCGACGCUGCUCAGAUGAUCCCUGAGGAGGAAGAAGUGGAUGAAGAGGAUGAGGAGCCGGGCCCCUUGCUCGGCUCCGUUGCCGCGGGAGAGCCAGAGCCCGAGCCGCCUGGAGGAGACGCUUUGAAGAAGCAGCAGCAGGCGGCGGGGCUGAGCGGUCCCCGAGGCUCUCGCUCGCCGUCCUCGGCUCACUCUCCCGGAGGAGGCGGCGGCCUCAGUGCAGGUGGAGGCGUCGGACCCCAACAGCGGAAAGCCUCGUCCCGCAGGAACGCUUGGGGCAACAUGUCGUACGCGGAUCUGAUCACGAAAGCUAUCGAGAGCUCCCCAGACAAGAGACUAACUUUGUCGCAGAUCUACGACUGGAUGGUCCGCUCCGUGCCCUACUUCAAGGAUAAGGGAGACAGCAACAGUUCGGCCGGCUGGAAGAAUUCAAUCCGCCACAACCUUUCACUGCACAGCAGAUUUAUCAGGGUGCAGAAUGAAGGUACAGGCAAAAGUUCAUGGUGGAUGAUCAAUCCAGAUGGUGGAAAAGGUGGAAAAUCUCCACGACGGCGUGCUGUUUCUAUGGACAAUAGCAACAAAUAUGUAAAAAGCAGGGGAAGAGCAGCGAAAAAAAAGGCAGCUCUGCAAGCUGCACAAGAGGUUAAUGCUGAAAGCCCAUCACAGCACGCAAAAUGGCCUGGUAGCCCAACGUCCCGAAGUAGCGAUGAAUUUGACGCAUGGACAGACUUUCGUUCUCGUACAAACUCAAAUGCUAGUACUUUGAGUGGGCGUCUUUCCCCUAUAAUAGCUAAUCCUGAACUAGAUCAUGUGCAAGAUGAUGAUGCUGCACCAUUGUCUCCCAUGCUGUACUCCAGUCCAUCAAGCGUUUCCCCUCCUGCAAGUAAACCAUGUUCUGUUGAGCUGCCUAGGUUGACUGACAUGACUGGAACUAUGAACCUAAAUGAUGGAUUGGCAGAACACCUGAUGGAUGAUUUACUGGAUAAUAUUAGCCUGGGUCCUACUCAGCAGUCAUCACCAGGGGGCCUUGUGCAAAGGAGCUCAAGUUUUACCUAUGGCUCAAAGAGUUCUAGUUUGGGCUCCACAAACAAUUUCAGUAAUUCCAUAUUUGAGCCACCUGCUUUGAAUUCAUUACGUCAGACUCCCAUGCAAACCAUUCAGGAAAACAAGCAAGCUACCUUUUCUUCCAUCUCUCGUUUUGGCAGCCAAACUUUGCAAGAUCUUCUUGCAUCUGAUUCUUUAAGUCACAGUGAUGUCAUGAUGACCCAGACCGAUCCUCUGAUGUCACAGGCGAGUUCAGCAGUGUCUUUACAAAAUUCACAUAGAAAUCUGCUUCACAAUGAUCCAAUGAUGUCAUCCUUCCCCACCCAAUCUAAUGCAGCAAAUCAUAAUCUGCUACAUCGCCAGUCUCCACCUCAGAGUUCUGCACUUAGCGGUGAUAGUGCCUUGUCAAACUCCAUGAAUCAUGUACCUUUACCAACAGACUCGAACACAAACUCUGGUAAGCAUCAGCUUCAAUCAUCUGCCAAUCAGUCUAUGCAAAUAGGAUUGUCCGACACAUUGUCUGGCCCUCCAUCAUAUCCUGGUAGUAUGAUUCUUCCUGCAAUGGGUCAAGAUAAGUUCCCUAGUGAUCUGGACUUGGAUAUGUUUAAUGGAAGUUUAGACUGUGAUGUGGAAUCCAUCAUUCGCAAUGAACUCAUGGAUGCAGAUGGGUUAGACUUUAACUUUGAUUCUCUUAUAUCCGCCCAGAAUGUUGUGAACCUGAAUGUGGGAACCUUCACUGGUGCUAAACAAACAUCGACACAGAGUUGGGUUCCAGGUUGAAAUUGCCUUAUAAUGGCGGAAGCAGGUUAGUGAACUGGAAACUUUUGCCAAAUCUGCUGUCAAGAUAAUAUGAAUUUGAUUAUAGUAAAUUUAUUCGACAGCUGUAAAUCUGACAUUUCAUCUGCAAAGGCGAUAGUUCUUGGAAUUGCAUAUCAAUACGAAAGAUGUAAACCAGAAGAAUGCGAAGUCGAGUCAAAAUGAAUCCUGAACUGUCUGAAAAGGAAAUUGUUGUAAAGUUUCCCCUGUGUCCCAUGAUCUUUAACCCUGUAUAAAUUGCUGGUUGGUACGGGUAGGUGCAUACUGUAAGUUUUAGUAUUUCCUGUCUGAGAUCAGCAUCUGCCCAUGGCUCCCACUGUAUAGCUAUCAUUGAAGUAUUGAUGGAAUGGGAUUGAUGAACAGUGUCAUCAAAGGUAUGAAUCUUGAUGAGGAAAUUAACACACAUACUUACAGAAUAAAACAAGACAAAUUAGCAUCAUCAGAAUGCCGGAAGACUGAUUAUACAGAUGAAGGUUUUUAUCCUUGUUAAUCUGCUAGUCUGCAGUUGAUUAACAAGUAUUUUUAAGUAACUUGAAAUGCAUGAGCUUAAUAGUAUAAGUUGAAGUGUGACUUUGAGUGAACCUUUACAAUUUAUGGCCCUACAUUGUUUGGUCUUUUAUAAUAGUGUCAAGGAACCCAGUUUAGUGGUUGUGUUUCAACAUUACAUUUAACUGGGAAUAAUAUUGCUUGUAAAUCUUUGCUUAACUUUACAGACUAAUCUUUUGAAUAAAUCUUUAUCGUGAGAGUAAAGUAGUUGGAAGAAAGAGGAGAGAUUUUCAUAUGUUUACAAAUUAUCUUGUUCUGAAGCAAUCUUUGCGUGAAUUGAGAUUUGAAACGUAUUCACAAGAUUGGAAAAUUUGACCUAUAUACACAUCCAUCAUUGUAGAGAACUUUCUAGGAUGUGCAUCUUUUUAAAGCAAUUUUUAAAAUUUUCUUUCUUACCAUCGACUACAGAUUUAUCUGUUCUAAGGACAAAUCAUAUCAGCAGAUGACAAACUGCCUCCCUUCUGAACAGAGCCCUCAUUUGGUCAACUGUAAUGUAGUUUAUUUUCUGUACAUACAUUUGCGCUCAAGUUGAUUUGCAUACUGCAUUUCUCUAUUGCAUUUGUACAUUUAUUGAAAGUUUUGUGUAUCUUUGAUCAUGAUUUUGAACAGUUUCUAUAUAAAUACAGACCAGCUCAGAUUACAUCAAUUGAUGCAUAUUUCUUCAAACUUGUGUAAGAUUUUCUCUAUACAAAAGGGUGAUGCACAUUUAUAUUUUAUGGACAGAGACAAAUCAUCAUUAUGCAUGACUAUUUAGUAGGUAAUUUAGAUUGUCUCAGUUCAUUGCAUGAAAUUCCAGGUUGUCACGCUCAUUGAUGUUAGUGCCCCUGGAGAGCUAGCAGUGAAACAAAACAUGAUGGAAUAUUGUUGUAUAACUUGGCUGUCUCGUUUUAAAUGGAUACCAGAUUUUUCAUCAUGCAAUUAACUAUUCUAUUUGUAGAAUGAUAGCAUAUCAAUUAUGGUCACUGAAUUAUUUUCAUCAAAUGUAAAUGAGUUUAAGAUAGUAUAUUCAUUCCAGCUGUUUCUGUUCAGCAUUUUCACUUAAAGUUGUAAUAUUUAAGUAAUUUCUAAAUCAGUAUUGGGAAAUUUCUGCAUAAAUCAGUUUUCUUAAAUUUGCAUGGUAAAAUAGCAAUUAAACUGCUUAUGUUCCUGAUAUACUAUGUUUCGAUCUUACUAAAACUGAAUCAAACACUUAGUUCUCACCUAGGCUAUAAAAGUUGACAAAUCUCAGGCUAGCAUCUCAGGAUAUGGAGAGAAGGUUCUGCAGGGAUCUACAGUAAUUCACAUUCACACAAUUUCUUUAUGAUAUAAGUAUAAUUGUGGAAGUGACAGACCACUGAGGGUGUGAAAUAAAAAUACUUCCACUUUAAACCCUUGCAAAAUCAAGCUAAUUUUAAAUGUACUUCAUUGUAAUCAGACCUUUUAAAACUCAUGUAUCCUGUUUACUGUUCUGUGCAAGAUUAAAUUUAAUGGCCAAAUUACUACUAUAGCUCUGUAACAUGGCUCACAUCAGCUAUCACCUGCCUCUUGGUUAAAUAUAUUUGGUUUGAUAUACUGUCUAGGAAACUGCAACAGUUCAAGUUUCUGACUCAGGCCAUACAAUAUUUUAUUUUUAUGUCCACCCUUCAGUCAAUUCAGCCUGUGUAUGUUAUUCAGAUUUUAUGGUUUUUAGCAUUGGUUAAAAUUGUGCAGUGAAUGCCCCAUGUCUUGUUUUUACAAUACAUACUUUGGGUUGCAAGAAGCCUGUAAAACCACUUUAUAUUGAACAAAGGUAUAUAGUGUAAUGAGACAGUUGAAUAUACUAUCUUCUCCUCUUAUACCCCCAAACCCAAAAUAAAAUGUUAGUUUUAACAGGAAAAGAAUGGUUCUUUUGAACUGCAGGUUUUUAAUUGCAUAAAUUAUUCGUAUGUAAUGCCCUGUGUAUUUCAUUAAUCUGUGCUCUAAGAGAAGAGUGCGCAUGUAAAAUAAAGCUUGAUAACACUAUUGAAUUGGA